AAGUUCCUGUCAGCAAACAAUUUUGCUACCGUGAGAGAGAGUGCCUUACUAGUGCUACUACUGCUGUGCAUGUCGUCUAGUCGAAGAAACAGUCGUGAAUUAAAUACGGUGAGAGAGUGUAUUCCAUUUCAUAACGCAUCAACAGAAGCAACAAUAACAGCGACGGCAAAAGAUUCAUAUCACACAGAACGUCAGUGUUUUCCAUAAUUAAAAUGUUUUCAUUCAACUGUUCGCGAGUAAGGCGAAAAUAAUGACCGAUACAUACCCGUUGCAUGAGUGCGUUUUCAAGGGUGACACCAGGAGACUAUCUCAGCUCCUGCGAACGCAUGAACCCACGGAAAAGGACAAACAUGGCAACACACCACUGCAUCUUGCGGUUAUGCUGGGCAGGAAAGAAUGCACCUACCUGUUGCUGGCUCAUGGUGCACCAGUCAAAGUAAAAAAUCUGCAAGGAUGGUCACCUCUAGCCGAAGCCAUCUCCUACGGAGAUCGGCAAAUCAUAUGUUCCUUACUGAAAAAAUUAAAGCAGCAAGCCCGCGAACAGAUGGAACAGCGGCGACCCAAUCUGGUCAAGGCGCUAAAGCAAAUGGGCGACUUCUACAUGGAACUAAAGUGGGACUUCCACUCCUGGGUUCCGCUGAUCUCGCGCAUCCUGCCGUCGGAUGUGUGCAAGAUUCACAAGUCUGGAUGUUCGAUACGACUGGACACCACGCUGGUCGACUUCUCCGACAUGCGCUGGGAACGGGGAGACAUUUCGUUCAUCUUUAAGGGCGAAAACAAUCCGAAGGAUUCGCUGACCGCUCUGGACAACGAAUGUCGCUGCUAUCAGCACGUGCGGCACGAGGAAACUGAGCUGGAAAUCGAAGACGAAGUGGAUAUACUGAUGUCGAGCGACAUCCUCGCGGCUCAGAUGUCGACCAAAAGUAUUAGUUUUACGAAAGCACAAUCCGGCUGGAUCUUCCGGGAAGACAAAAAAGAAACCGUUGCCGGUCAGUACGAUAGUGAUCUCUACACCAUCAACGGAUUAACGUUGGAACAGCGAAAACGGCGGGAGCAUCUAUCCCGAGAUGAUCUACAGAAGAAUAAGGCCCUCAUGGAGUCACUGACAAAGGGUGGCCAAGCGCAGGGCAUCGACCAGAAUGGAGAGAUUAUCCGGCGAGCGUCACUGCAACCUCCGCCGAACAACAGUAUCAGCUGGGAGGACUAUAAUACCGCUAAACCGGGAGAGUAUCCCCAUCUGGGUCGAGAACUAGUGUAUAAGGAAUCGAGCAAAAACUUUAGGGCAACCGUUGCGAUGAGUAAAGAUUUUCCCCUCAGCGUAGACAUGCUGUUAAACGUGCUGGAAGUGAUAGCCCCGUUUAAACACUUCAGCAAACUGCGCGAGUUCGUGACAUUGAAACUGCCUAGCGGGUUUCCGGUGAAGAUUGACAUCCCGAUCCUGCCCACUGUUUCGGCCAAAAUCACCUUUCAAAAGUUUGAGUUCCGGGACGACAUCUCGCCGGAUCUGUUUGUCAUCCCGGAUACCUACAAAGAGGACAGCAUGAGAUUUCUAAUCUAUUUUAUAGAUUUCCUGAUUUAUGACCUUUCGAUUUCGACUACGUAAGAUGCGAUCAAUCAUCCGUAGAAGUCUGGUGGCAUCCCCCGACAGCACCCAUGCUCUGCCCUACGGUUGAUCCAAGAGUUGUAGUGUUCAGGGUCGAACCGUCUAUCACUAGCCCAAUUGCUCUGAUCAUGUUCAUCGCCAUAAUCAUCGCAGCCGAUCCACUGCUUCAUUAAUAUCGUGUCCAUCUCCAUACUUUCUUCAUCGUUCAAGUACAGAUUUUAGCAAUAACCUGAAACGACAGGAAAACAUUGUUCGGGAACGACAACCACUUUCACACAACUCGAAAGGAAUUUGUAGCCUCAACAUACGUAACUUUUGAAACAGACUCAUCGAAAGUGUGCUUCAAUGUUGUAAAUCCGCUUGCCCGACGGAGCUCAUGACUGAAUGAUGGCUAAGAAGGCUGAAUAGUGUUUAAAGGCAAACACAACAAAAUAAAAACUAUAACGGAACUAAGUCAAGUAGCAGAGAGCAAGGCGAAUUGUAAGCACAUCUAUCUAUCUCCUCUUUUUAUAAUGACAUGAACCAUAUGACUACAGGUAUAAAUAACAUAUUCCAUUCCAUUUAAGUAAAAGUAAGAACCUAUCAUAGGAUCCUAACUCGACGAAUACAAGAGAAAAUAUCUUCAACGCGAACAAACGAAUUUAACCGAAAGCUUGUUGUGACAAAUGAAAAUUAAUUGCUUAGAACCAACCACUGUACCCUUUUCUAAACUGAAUGGCAAUCAAAUCAAUCCACUCGCUAAGUAUACCUAGAAGAGAAGAACAUUUUAGAAAUGCACAGAAUUCCUCAAUCAAAAUCUAUGUUUCGUUAUAUUCAAGCCACAAUACAGUAUUGCUCUUAAUGCCUCAAGAAAUGUUUCUGAUUUGUCGCGCUUUUAAUACAUAAUGUAGAAAAUAGAAAAACACGGUUGAAAACCUACGUUAGCAUUCACAGGCAGUGUGUAGCUACCGAUGCUCGUACUACCGUACUGCCGGAAUAUAGUCAAUGAUAGAAAGGAGCCGUAUUUGUUUGGAAAAAAAAACCCGCGAAAAGCUUAUGGCCGUGAAAGACUUGAGUUAAGCAAAUAGAUCAUUUUGUUUCCUAGUUUUAGCGUAAAGUUCUCCUUGCAUACCCCCUAAUUGUGAGCAUCAAUAGUAAUUGUAUAGUUUUACGAAUCUGUGAAAUAAAGAUUAUGUUUGAAACUAUGAAAA